AUGGGUCAAGUAAGGAACACCACCAACUCUGAUGAAGAGUCAUCUAGACUUGAAAUUGAUUUGUUGAACACGCCAAAUAAGUUGGCAUUCGAAGCAUGGGUAGAAGAAACUGGCAUCACUCUGGUCCAGAUCAAUGGUCAAAGGAAGUUUGGUGGACCUCCUCCAGGCUGGACUGGUCCCUCUCCUCUGGCUGGGUGUGAAGUCUUUAUCGGCAAACUACCCCAGGACCUCUACGAGGAUAAGCUAAUCCCGUUGUUUCAGAUGGCCGGGAAACUUUACGAGUUUCGUCUCAUGAUGACGUUCAGUGGUGAAAACCGAGGAUUCGCAUAUGCCAAGUAUGCCAAUCGCUGGUACGCUCAGUGUGCCGUUGCCAUGUUCAAUGGCUACCCAAUACGUGAUGGUCUCCCCAUGGUAGUUUGCAAGAGCACUGAGAAGAAUGAGCUUUGUGUCAGAGGCAUCCCUUUGGGAAAGCAGAGACUGGAGGUCCUGGAAGUCCUUAAAGAGCUGACUGAGGGUGUAAGUGACCUGUCGCUUUAUCUCAACAUGGACCGGAGAAAAACGAUGGCACUGUUUGCGGUUGUGACAUACGAAAAUCAUCGAGCGGCAGCGAUGGCAAAGAAGAAGCUUGUAGAAGGGUGCAUUGAGCUCUGGGGCCGAGCCAUUGAGGUUGACUGGGUGAAAAUGGAUGGGAAACAGAAGAAUCACCACAGCCUCCUUUCCCAAACCCAGCUGGGCUUGCCAAUAGCUCCGUGGUUGGCGUUGCCUCCUGGGCUCUCCCUACCACCACCAAAGGGUUUCACCAAAUGCUUCACGCCUGAGUUAAAUGUCUCUGCCAACCAUGGCCAAAGCAUGGCAUCAGCUGGAUCAAUGGACCUGAUGACUCGGUGCCUUCACUCGGAGGGUUUGGGUCUCGGUCUCUUAAAUGCCCGAUGUGAUGAUGUUCAAAUUCUGAAUACCUAUUGUGCACGUAAGAAGCUAGGGACUCCAGUGUAUGACAUCCAUCCUGUGAGGUCUGACCAGCGUCGCUUUCUGUUUAAAGUGUUCUUGCCAGGGCUUGCUGCCUAUUUCAGUGGGACAGUGAGCCUGGCUCCUGAUGAGCUGGCUUUGGGGAAGAACAAAGCCAAGCAAGAAGCUGCCCACCAAGUCUUGACGUAUUUGGGCUUUGAUUUAGGCCCUCCGGAGGCCUCCUCUACGUCUACUUUAGCUUCUCUUUCUUCUGCCGAGGAGUGA